CAAGUUGUGGCAGGCGCAUGACAGUUGGACCUGCCGUGCGGGACCAACAUUUAAUACCUUAGAUAAUCCUGGAUGCAUGACACCAGCAUCUCCCAGAAUCUGAGGCCACUUCGAAUCGCACCUUAGAUCUUGGAUGCUUCACCAACGCGAACCCAUUGUCUCCAUCGCCCGGGCGUGUUUGACGGCCCCCAGACCUUGAACAUCGACAGUCAACUCCUCGAACCCCCGACCGCCCUUCUUUCGACAUGAGUGGACGAGUCCUCGCCGCUGGGCUUCGGCCUCUAACUCGGCGCUCCACCGUCCAUCCCGUUCGACACCUCCAUCGCCAUCCCACAGGCGGACUCCUGCAAGCCGAUGCUGCGAUCCGCGCAACGCGGAAGCGUAUGUGGUAUGGCGGCAACUCCUUCCACAAUGCCGUCACUGCGCGGAAUGCCUCAUUCGCCCGCUUCUUGCCCAAGUUGAUGGUCAAGUUCAUCCGAGUGCCCGCCAUGUUUGGUGGCCUCGCAGUCGGUGCCUUUGCCUGGGUGCAAUACCAAGCUGCUCAGGCCGGAACUUUUGCCAUCAAUAUCUUCAACACCACCAAGGAUACCGUUUCCAAUACUGCCUCAACGCUAUUCGGAGGGGCUAAGGAUAUAGCCGAGCAGACGAGGCGAGGUUGGGAAAACACCAAGGAGCAGAUCGAAGUUCCCGAGUGGUUGCAAAAUGUUCUCCGAUCUAAAGAAGGCGUUGCAACCGGUGGGUCCGGAGGCCCAGGCGGUGACGGUGAUCCGAAGCAGAGUAACAGCGGUGCUGCCGCUCUUGCGGGUGCUUCAGCUGCGGCUUACGGAUACGAUAAAUCUACCGAAGAGGACUCCCGAGGUGGCGACGAGAUUGCUAGGGACGAUCAGAUGAUGAUUCUGACCAAGAAGAUGAUUGAGAUUCGCAGCAUCCUGCAGAGAGUCGGCCAAUCCAGCACCUUGACUUUGCCGUCAAUUGUUGUUAUCGGUUCUCAGUCUUCUGGCAAGAGCUCCGUCCUGGAGGCCAUCGUUGGCCAUGAGUUUCUCCCUAAGGGUUCUAACAUGGUCACGCGUAGACCUAUCGAAUUGACCCUCGUCAAUACUCCAUCAUCCAAAGAGGAAUACGGCGAGUUCCCCGACCUCGGUCUCAGGCGAAUCUCGGACUUCACUUCUAUCCAGAGGACGCUUACCGAGCUGAAUAUGGCUGUGUCAGACGCGGAGUGCGUCUCGGACGACCCAAUUCACCUCACCGUCUACUCUCCCAACGUACCCGAUCUGUCUCUCAUCGAUCUCCCGGGGUACAUCCAAGUCGUCGGGGCAAACCAGCCUCUUCAACUGAAGCAAAAAAUCACCGAGCUAUGCGACAAGUAUAUCCAAGCCCCGAAUGUCAUCCUUGCCAUCUCGGCAGCUGACGUCGAUUUGGCUAACUCCACGGCUCUCCGGGCCUCACGAAGAGUCGAUCCUCGUGGCGAGCGAACCAUCGGAGUUAUAACCAAGAUGGACCUUGUUGAUCCCGUGCGCGGUGCAAGUAUCCUGAACGAUCAGCAAUAUCCUCUGAGGCUAGGCUACGUCGGUGUUGUUUCGAGGGCUCCGCAAUCUCAGGGCCUGUUCAAGAUGGGCCCAACCAACCUACUAUCGGCCAUUGCCAAACAGGAAAACGCCUUUUUCUCGUCCCACCCUUUAGAGUACGGCACCGACGCCGGAGUUAACGUGGGAACGACGACGCUGCGCAAGAAGCUCAUGCACGUCUUGGAACAGACCAUGUCAUCUAGCCUCUCAAGCACCAGCGACGCUAUUCGACAGGAGCUGGAAGAGGCCACCUACGAGUUCAAGGUACAGUAUAAUGACCGUCCGCUCUCGGCCGAGUCGUACCUCGCUGAAAGCCUGGAUGCUUUCAAGCACUCGUUCAAGCAAUUUGCGGAGGAGUUCGGUCGACCGCAGAUGCAUGAGCUUCUGAAGAAUGAGCUGGACCAGAAGGUUCUCGACUUGCUCGCAGCUAGGUACUGGAAUAAGCCCAUUGGCGACCUGGGGGUGGCAAAGCCAGACCUUGACAGCCUCGCGGAUCUACCCAAGGCAGAACCCGAUUCGCUCUACUGGCAUCGACAGCUGGAUGCCUCUACAUCGGCUUUGACGAAGCUAGGAGUAGGUCGUCUAGCAACCACGGCUGUUGCCUCUUCGAUCCAGGCACAUAUCGAUUCCCUCAUCACUAACUCGACUUUUUCAACCCAUCCCUUUGCUCGACAAGCCAUUAUGGAAGCUGCCUCCACCAUUUUGAAUGAGAGGUUCUACAGCACUAGCGACCAGGUGGAAAACUGCAUCAAGCCGUACAAGUUUGAGAUUGACAUUGAGGAACGGGAAUGGACCCAGGGCCGUGAGCAUGUGGGCGGUGUUCUCAAGAAAGAGCUGCAGGAUUGCGAGUCUGCUCUCAAGAGCCUCGAGAGCAAGGUUGGCGGUCGACGAAAGUUGAAGGAGGUCAUGACUUUUGUGGAUAAGGCACGUAAGGGUGACAUCAUUGUCGAAGGUGAUGGUGGAAGCGGCGCUGGUGGUUUCAGUGCGGCUCUCCUCGGCAAAGGACGAGAGGCUGUUUUCCUCCGCGACAGGGCCGACAUCAUCAAGAUGCGACUGCUAGCGGUCAAGUCUAAGCAGUGCGUGAACCCGAAGAACAAAUAUUACUGCCCCGAGGUAUUCCUAGACGCCGCAGCAACGAAGCUGGCGUCAACCGCCGUCCUCUUCCUCAACGUGGAGCUGCUCUCCGAGUUCUACUACAACUUUCCUCGGGAGCUGGAUCUCCGUCUCGGCCGACACCUUUCCGAGGAAGAGAUUGAGAAAUUUGCUAAAGAAGACCCCAAGAUCCGCCGACACCUCGAAGUCAUCCGGCGAAAGGAGCUGCUCGAGUUGGUUCUCGGCAAGAUGGAGAGCUUGCGCCAACUUGAGGGCCUUGAGCGGGAUCGACAGUCGGCUGAUUCGAGGAGAGAUGCCGGAAAGAAACGUGGUCGAUGGGGCCUAUUCUGAGGUAGUCCAACCUGCGCCGGUCGCCACGAGAUAUGAUGCAUAGGGAGUUACGGGAGUAGUUUCUCUUGGGAUUAGAUUUGAUAGGGGGCCGUUUCCCUCCUGAUGGGCGCUGGGGAUCGUCCUUUUCUCCCCUUUUGUCUUCGGCCUGUGCCCUUGCUCUCGAGACGUACCUCAAGUACAAUGGGAACCAGCGUGCCGCGCUAGUUGGUGGUAGAUGUUUUUCGUGCAUGUAAGGAUACCCUCCUCAACUCACUGUCCAUAAUUGGAUUCAUGCUGGAUCUGGUUGUGUAUUUUCGCGCAAAGCAGAUACUUGAAUCGAUAUUUGAAUUCAUAC